AUGCAUUUUACCAGCCUCACUGUAUUCGCUGCUCUCACGCUCCUUACAACUACUUUAGCAUCUCCUAUCAGCGUAGACCACGACGCUCGCCACGUCGUUAGUGUGGAGAGGGAUGUUGCGUCCGUGUAUAGCAUCGAGCACACCGUACAGCGCGACGUUGAGGACUCAGGUCUAACUGCGGAAGCUACACCACCAGACCGCGACUGGAAGCGCGACAACGUUGCAGGACCCCCUAACCAGGACUGGAAGCAUGCAGGCCCUCCUAAUAGUGAUUGGAGGCGCGCAGGACCCCCAAACUCCGAUUGGAGGCGUGAUGCUGCAGGCCCACCAAACCAAUCGUGGAAGCGAGGCCAACCAAACCAGGACUGGAGGCGAGAAGCUGUCGCUGAUGCUGCUCCCCUCGGCGACAAGGAUUGGCGGCGAGAUGCGUCUCCUGCCCCCGCUCCUGGAGAUCGUGAUUGGAGGCGAGAUGCGUCUCCAGUACCCACCCCCGGAGACCGUGACUGGAGGCGGAAGGAUCCUAUCUACCCUUGGAGAAGGGCCGACACUCCACCGAAUCGACCAUGGAAAAGGGAAGCCAGUGCUAACGCUGGUCCAGAUGUAGCACCUGGUAACUCGGCAUGA